AUGCUGAAACGAAGUCCUCUUUCAACAUUAAUAAAAGGAAUUAGUAGUCUUUCCAUGAGAAGCCCGAUUCCAAUUUGGCAUGUAUCUGCUUCGCCUAACAUUACUCCCAAAUAUAAUUUACCUACAGUCCCGACAACUUCUCAUGUUUCUCAUAGACAGAUCGCUCGCGCCAACUUUUUUGCUGGGUAUAGACCUUUAGCUCCUAGCGACGUAUCAAAGCCUGAACCAGCGCCUGAAUCAAACCUUUUUGCCAUCAAACAGAUGGGAAACAAUUCCCAAAAGUCAAAUGAGUAUGUUUUGUCUUUGGAAAAUGGCGUACUCCAUGCGCAAGCUCUCUCUCCGUCUGGUAAAGUUACAGAAUCUCUUCCUGUCCGUAUAUCAUCUCAAGUAUGGGAACAACUCUGUGAUACUAUAAUAUCCACUACCCCCAUAAGUUUGACGAGCGUGAAAAGGAAAAGAAAGUUGAAGAUGAACAAACAUAAAUACAAAAAGCGUAUGAGAAAACAACGAGCACUGCGUAAACGCUUGGGUAAAUAA